CUGAACGGCACUCUGUAGGUCAUGAUGCUCGGCCAGUCUCCACAUCUUGUUGGGGGAAUUCUCUGGAUUCAGAACCCCAUGCGAGCUGUCCACUGCAACCUGAGUCAGAAUGGGAUCGAUCACCAGGUGUGUAUGGCGGAUGCGAGCUCACACGUGGAAGAGGAGUCUGUAGUUCGGGGCGCAGGACUGAUCGAUGACAGCUCGGGUUUUCAACACCUCAGUCCUGGUUUCCAGUGCUGUACUCCACCACAACGCUCCGUCUCUGAAUCUGAACUCUCCAAGUCAGGGACGGUGAAACUGUCCAAACCAGUGGCUUUGUGGACUCAGCAGGAUGUGUGUAAGUGGCUGAAGAAGCACUGCCCAAACCAGCACCAAGUCUACAGUGAUGCCUUCAAGCAGCACGAUAUUACAGGCCGAGCUUUGAUGAGGCUGACAGACAGGAAGCUGGAGAGGAUGGGGAUCAUGCAGGAGAGCCAGAGACAGUACAUCCUGCAACAGGUCCUGCAGCUCCGCGUCAGAGAGGAGGUCCGCACCCUGCAGCUCCUCACACAAGAUUUAGUCCCAUUUUGCUGUUAUAAGAACCUCCAGUCUUCUGGGAAGGCUUUCCACUAGAUUUUGGGGCGUGGCUGUGGGGAUUUGUGAUCAUUCAUCUACAAGAGUUAGUGAUGUGAGGUGAGGAGGUCUGGGGUGCAGUCGGUGUUCCAGUUCAUCCCAAAGGUGUUCAGUUGGGGUUGAGGUCAGGGAUCUGUGCAGGACACUCGAGUUCUUCCGGUCCAACCUUCUCAAACCAUGUCUUCAUGGAGCUCGCUUUGUGCACAGGAGCAUCGUCAUGCUGGAACACUUUUGGGCCUCUUAGUUCCAGUGAAAGGAAAUAAUAUUGUUACAGCGUACAAAGACAUUCUAUACAACUGUGUGCUUCCAACUUUGAGGAAACGGUUUGGGGAAGAACCACAUAUGGGUGUCUACAUACUUUUGGCCAUAUAAUGUAUGUCAUAUGAGCAAUAAUGAGCGAUAGGAAACCAAGCGUGGAGGUUUAGAGCAAAUUACAGCAAGCUGGCACGUCAUUGAAAAUGAAAUGGAAUAAAACUUAUGUAAUUUGUUUGUAUUAAAUGGUGGCUAUACUGUUUGUGCUGGUUUAGUCUCUGAGAUAUAAGGUCACAUUAAACCCCACUCAUUUCAAAACCAAACCAUUUGUGUUGAUUUGUGCUGAGCAAAGUGGAGUUUUUUUGUCUCUGAGAUUUGGGGAUAUUACACAUUCAGUUCACUGUGAUAUCAAUUUCAGUCUUUCACUUACACUGAUGUGCAUCCCUAGAAUAUCUCCAAAGCCAAACUGGCACAAUCAAGGCGCAAACACAGCACAAACAAAUGAUACAUACAUUUCACUUCACCUGUCAUUAACAGUGUUUGUAUUCUUCAACAGUGUCCAUAGUCUCUAUAAUGUUAUGCCCUUUCAAAUUAGUUCAUCUGUCAGUUUUUAUCAAACAUUCUCAUGGACAGCUAUCAAUAUUAAAAUGUUUUGUUUGUUGGAGAAUGAUUUUAAUAAACAUAAAUGUAGUGGAGCUAGACACUGCACAAAAUAAUAUAUUUAAUAUAUGACAUAAACAAAUUGUCACUUUAUCACAUAUCUCUGACUGGCAGUUGUACCAUUUUUACCAUGUAAAUCUAAAUGGAGGUUGAGUGAGACAUCUCAGCUUAUUAUUCAGUUAUUCAUCUUAGCGCAUUUUAUUAAGUCAUUCAGUCAGUACAUUUACAUGGACAACAAUAAUCGUGUAUUAACCCGAUUAAGAUGAUACUCUGAUUAAGAAACUACCAUGCAAACCACAAUUUCUGAUGACCUUAAGCCGACUAAAGUCAUACUCGAAGUAAACACAAAUGGAAUUAAGACGUGCGGAGUACUCCUGUUUUAGUCGCAUUAUUGACGUGUAUUACAGACAUGUACACACCUUAAUCACACUGUUAACGUCGUGUGGGAGUUUUCACCGCAUUUUGUGACAGGACACGAUCACACACGGCAGCGCUCGACCGUUUGACAGCAAACAAGAGAGCACGGCUGCGUCCCAAACCGCGUACUUGUCUUCUAUAUAGUAGGAGAAAUACAUAUAUUUCGGCGACUAUAUAGUAGGUAAGUACUCGGUUUAGGACGCAGCCCACGGCUUCAAGCAGUCGUCUAUUUGCAUGUACAGCAUGACAAAUAAUUAACCACACUUUCCUAAAAUUAAAAAUAAAACACCCAGAACUGUAUACGGUCCCAUAACGAAGACGAACUGUAUGUCGAUACGUGAAAUUCUGGCGGGAACGGCGGACGGCGUGUCACGGGGACGUAAUGACGUGUACCGUUAAUCGAUCUAUGUUCUAGAACAUGUAACACAGGAACAUGAAAGGAGUAUUCUAAAAGCGACUCAUGUAAACACGUUAAUCACAAUAUUGUCUUAUUCAGAAUAAGGUCAAUAAUUAGAUUACUGCUGUCCGUGUAAACCUAGUCAGUCACUGCAGUGGAGCUACUGGGACUGAUAACAUGACCAAAAUAAACACGAUCAAGUAAAUAGGUACUAAGAGUGUUCCAAAAGCACAGUGGAGUUAGUCAACUACAUUCAACACAAGGAAAGGGGUAAAAGCUCUGAACUAUUUAGAAAGGUUGGGACUUGCUAGAAUAUAUGGGGAAGACUUUGCCACAGGCUGUGGAGAGUGCCAUUUAUAUCAUCACUGAGUAAAUGAGCUGCAGGUGAGUCAAAUGAACCAAGUAACCAUGGAAAUAGUUCAUUAUAUUACAGGCUACAGGAAUCUUCACUGGUAAGUAUGAUACGUGGAUGUGACACCAAAACUAUGCCUUAAAUGACAAAGAAACUUGUACAAUUUUACUGUGUCCCAAUUGGAUAGUUUGGGCAUGUCUGGAAACUUAUACUGCUGAUGCACCAAGUGAGCAUAGAAAAGAUUUAACUGCACGUUGUUUCUAUAGAGCAGGGGAAUUCAACUAAAAUUUGUCAAGGUCAAGCUAAGUAAAAUUCCUUCCUUAGAAAUGAUACAACAGGCAACAGUAGUUAGCUUUCACUGCUUAACCAAUGAUGAGCUGUAAAUAAGACGUGUUCAUUUAAAUUGGUUCUGUUUUGUUUCGCCCUUGGUGCUUUACUAGCCUCAUGGACUCAUGUCUUUAAACAUUGUUUUCAUUGAGGAUUUGAACAAACCAUCUUGUCAUUUUACUAAUCAGAUCAGAGAGGAUAAAUGAAUAAAAAUCUCUGAAAAUC